UUGGGUUUGGGGUUUCCUCCCGGCACUCGAAGCCCAGCCCAGGAAAUUCUUCCGGGCAGCCUCUCAAGCCCCUCUUUGUGCGCUUGGGAUUUUUAACAUGCCUUCCCGGCGGCUGUGGAUGAGGUGCCCGGUUCCGGAUGAGAUGCCCGGUUGCAGACGGGAUAUCCAGCUCUCCCCGGGCUCUGCGGAGCUCGGCCAGGCUGUGGCGGGAUGGGAUGGGAUCUGGUGGGGAUUUAGGGGACGGGGCUGCACAUUCCCACCCAUCCCCUCGAAACCAGGAGCUGCUGCUCUCCCCGGGGUGCCAUGGGACACCCCCGGGGGAUACUCAGCACCCUUUACUGGUCUGGAUUGGCUGCAGGAUGAAGGACUCGGGGUGGUGGUCCUUGCCGGGUGCCAGACCCCCCCGUGGUGAGCAGCAGGAUCACCACAUCCUCCCCUCCAAACCCCACUGGCUUGGCCCUGCCACCCUGCGGGAUUGGCCUUGCUGCCAAGGCGUCGCUGAUUCCCCGCCUCGCUCCAGCCCCUGGGAACGACCUUGGCUGCCUCAGCUGCGCCAACGGCUGCCUGGGACCCCCGCGCUCCGGGGGGAGGAAGCCACCAGCCUUGGGGCAGCAAGAGGAAGCAGCAGUGGCUGCUGACACCCCGCGGGGACGCGGGUCCCCUCCCCGGAAGGAAAGCGCUGCCGGUUUCCAUCACCCCCUACUCGGGGUGCAGCUGGGGCAGGGAGGCUCCCGUUGGGUGGGCUGUGGGUGAGAGGAGGGGUGUCCCCUCUGCCUGGGUGCCUGGGAUCACUGACAGUGCCCUCCUGCCCGCCCAGAGCCACCCGCUGCCAUGCCAGUGACCGUGACCCUGCCCGGCCCGGCCCCGUGGGGCUUCCGCAUCUCCGGGGGACGAGAUUUCGGGAAGCCCAUCACUGUCUCCAAGGUGACGGAGCACGGGAAGGCGGCCACGGGUGAUCUCCGGGCGGGGGAUGUCAUUGUCACCAUCAACGGGGAGAGCACGGCCGAGAUGCUGCACGUGGAGGCCCAGAACAAGAUCAAGCAGAGCCCUGGGCAGCUCCGGCUGGAGGUGGAGAGGUCCCCGAUGCCACCUCCCAGCCACACCAACGGGGACGCCUCACUGGAGAGGUUGGCCACACGUGUCCAGGACACGCCGCGGACGCGGGAUGAAAGCCAAGGUGCCCUGAGAGCCCCCGACCCCAGCCUGGCAUCCCCCAUCCGCCUGCCCCACAGUGCCAGCUCACAACCCCUGGAGGAGGAGUUCGCCUGUCCCGGCCUCUGCCAGGAGCGAGGAAUCCUGACCCGCCAGAACAGCUGCCAGGGAUCCAUCCUGCCUCCACCCCCCUGCCCACCCUCACCGGGGUUUGAAGCCCCCCAAAACCCCUGGGAGACGCCCAGGGAGCGUCGCCCUUCCCUCUCUCCCAACACCUGCAACAGACAUCUCCCCCCUCGGGGUGCCGUCCCACAGCCAGGGCUCGGAGCCGGCCAUGAGGCGCUUGGAGGAGGACUCGGAGGUCUACAAGAUGCUGCAGGAGAACCGGGAGCUGCGGGCGGCCCCGCGGCAAUCCAGCACCUUCCGCCUGCUCCAGGAGGCGCUGGAGGACGAGGGAGGAGGUGGUCCCACAGCCCCCUUCCCCAGCCGGCUCUCGUCCAGCGCCCGCAAACCCGUGGCCGGGGUCCAGAAGCUGCACGUCUGCGAGAAGUGCGGGAGCAGCAUCGCCACGCAGGCGGUGCGGAUCCAGGACGGGCGGUACCGGCACCCGUCCUGCUACAGCUGCGCCGACUGCGGCCUCAACCUCAAGAUGAGGGGCCACUUCUGGGUGGGCGACGAGCUGUUCUGCGAGAAACACGCCCGCCUGCGCUACCAGGGCCCCCCGGGGGCGCCCGUGUCCCCCCCGCCCGUGUCCCCCCACUCCUGAGCCACAGGAUCCCCCCCCCCCCCCGUGUCCCGGGGUCAGCCCCUCGCCCCCACAGCCCCACUGGGGUAGGGGGUGUUGUAGGGGGGCUGAGGGCACCACCAGGCUCGGGAUGGCCGGGAUUUUUGGGGAGGGAUGCACUGCAGCCACCCACCUUCACCCACAUGAGGGUCUGUGUGAUGAGCUGGGUUAGUUCUCAGCUUGGGCUGCAGCAGUGGGGGACACGGGGGUGACACUGGGGAGGGGGGACUUUGGGGGGGGGGUGGUCACAGGGAUGCUUGAGCACUUGGGUGCCAGAGGAGGGCUGACACCGCUUGUACACUGACUGCAACAAGGUAUUAAACCAGAUUAUAUAUAAAUAUAAUAUAUAUUUGCUCCA